GAAUAAUCAGCCAACAAAGAUUGGAAUCUUUCGGGUGGGUGCCCUUUGCCUUCCCUUUCGUGCAUGCCAUAUUCCACUUUAAUUUUUUACUUUAUAAAUUAUUUAAAAUUUCACCUACAAAAAUAGAAAAAUGAAAUUAUACAAAAAUGAGUGUAAUAGGCAUAAAAUAAAAAACAAAGAGGGGAAACGGUGUAUCUAUUUUUGUCCUUUGAGAUGAUUAUGAUUGCAUUUCGUUUACAAUGACAUUCGACGAGUUUUCAAUGGAACGCAGCAAAAGCUUCGUAUUCGCACUCCAGGAACUUAAGAACCUGAGGCCUCAACUCUAUUCUGCUGCAGAGUACUGUGAAAAAUCUUAUCUCCAUAGUGAUCAAAAACAAAUGCUACUUGACAACCUCAAAGAUUAUGCUGCAAGAGCCCUUGUGAAUGCUGUUGAUCAUCUUGGGACUGUAGCUUACAAGUUAACCGACCUUCUUGACCAGCAAACAUUGGAUAUCUCAACCAUGGACUUGAAGAUCUCUACUCUAAAUCAGAGACUUCUUACAUGCCAAACUUACACAGAUAAAGAGGGUCUUCGGCAACAGAAGUUGUUGUCUUUUAUUCCUAGGCAUCAUAAGCACUACAUUUUGCCAAAUUCGGCCAAUAAAAAGGUGCAUUUCCGUCCAUACAAACAGAGUGAUGGAAAACAAAAUUCAUUUAAAACCAGAACUCGUUUUCGACCUUCAGGUACCCCUGUUUCAAAAACUCUUUCAUGGCAUUUAGCAUCAGAAACUAAGUCAACCUUAAAAAGACGGAGUUCACACGCUUCAAAAAACAGGAAGGACCCAAAAUUUUCUGCCAAGACCACUGGAGUUUUCCACCUUAUAGAUAAUGAAGAGAUUACGUGGUUGAAACCCUCAGCAUCAAAAAGCCACGCACCAAAUGGAGUUCCUACUUCAAGUGCUGCCACCCAAACUCUUGGUGUCUCAGGAAGGGAUGCCUUAGACGGUUUCAGACCAUUGAAAACAUUCGGGUCCUUUGACAAUCUAAAUCUGCAUGAGACUGUCCAUGUUCCUAGUCGCAGCAAAAGUGUGCUAUCAAGUUUUUUCGUCAAGCAAAGAGCUGCAAAAUUGAGAGCCGGUUCUGUCUCAUAAAUACCUCUCCAGGCAAAUGCAAGCCAUUUUGAUUUGUGAUGUCACCUUAUAUUCUGACAGAAGAAGACUUAAGAAAACACUUCAAUCUACCCAAUCGCAUCAGUCUCUUUCUUUUGACCAUGUGUCCACUAAUGACCAAAAUUACUUUAUUUUAUAUUUGUAGUUCAUGAUGCCUUUGAAUAAUUGGUGUAUAAUUGUAUAGUAGCACUAACCUGUAGCCCCGAGGUAAUGACGGUCAGAAUCUUCUGCUUGCUAGAUUAUAUAUAGGAUAAAGUACAACUUUAGUCCCUAAAAGGGUAUGUCUCUGUCAAUUGUAAGGGCCUUAAGGCACACAAAGUGACUUUCCUGUCCUGUAAUAUAUGGAGAAAUUUUCCAGUCUGAACAUAUUUAGUGUGUUUGUUGGUAACAUCACCCGUUCAUAAGGGCAGGAACUGCACUAAUGUUGUAAGAAACAACAUUUCUAAUUU